UCCAUGUUUUCCCUAAUUGCUGGUCUCCACACUCGGUUGUCUGUAGGCGCUGGUAUGGUUGCCAUCUUCAUAUCGGUGCUUUUAAACUCCAGGUUUGGUUUAGUUGGCCAGCAGUGUUUCGCCAUUUUCAAUCGAGAAAAAACGAAUAGCGGCGAGUUUGCAUUCCCAAGCAAAUGUAUAAACAUUAUAACCAGACGAACUCCAACGCUGGACUUAAGUGACUGCUUAUGAAGGGCAAAGAAAACCAGACAGCGGAAAGUAAUUUGCACCAUUGCUGUAGUUAUUUUGCGUAUUUUUCCUGCAGGCCGCAAUGUUUCCCAGGGUGCCGUUUCGUAGCGGAGAGAUCCAUCAAUUCGACGUGCCUUGUCCCGGCCAAGAACAGGCCGCAAUGUUUCCCAGGGUGCCGUUUCGUAGCGGAGAGAUCCAUCAAUUCGACGUGCCUUGUCCCGGCCAAGAACAGGGUCCCGAUUAUAUCCCAUAUGACCAUCCCGGGAUAAUGGAUGUUCAAAAUGAACCUCCACCCAGUGCUCCCAAUAUGGCAGGAGAAGUGUGGUAUCGGGGAGUCAUCUCUGGAGUCAAGAAGUCUUUCGGGUUCAUCGAAAGGGCGGAUAUAGCACAGGAGAUCUUCUUUCACUACAAUGAGUUUUGUGGGAACCCAGAGACCCUGGUGGUAGGAGAAAAUGUGGAGUUCACGAUCGCUGAGGUUAAAGGAAGAGAGGUAGCCGUGGGUGUGCGGCUGCUGCCAAUGGGAACAGUUAUUUUACAUGACAUCAGUGUCAGAUGGUUUGAAGGGACGGUCAUCAGAAUCAAAUCUUUGCCAGGCUGUAUCCGAGCGACGAUUAACUGCACCAAGGAGCUGUCCUUCACAGUCAAUGACAUCAGGACGAAGGCAACACUGUUGGAGGGUGACCAUGUGCAGUUUAACGUGUCUAUUGACCGGCGUAACAAACUGGAGCGAGCUACAAACAUUGAAAUCCUGCCUGACACUUUCCAGCACACUAAUGAAAUCAGAGAAACGGGCUUGGUAGUCGCAAUGAAUAGUGACUUUGGGUUCAUCAAGUGUUGGGACCGCAAUAUUUCCAAGAUGUUCUUCCCUUACAGCGAGAUUCUGGGGGAGGUCCAGCUGAAACCUUCAGACAUCGUGGAGUUCACAGAAAUCCCUGACAAGUUUUCAGAAAAGUGCUUUGCAGGAAGGAUUAAGAAGCUGUCCACGCACCCCUCAGAAAUAUUGUCCAUGGAGCGCUUUGUGGGUGUAGUGAAGGAGGAAGCUGUAGUGACCCCCCUUGAAGCCCACAUCAAGGGCAAAGAAAAGGAUGUGGUGAAUGGUUUUAUUACAUACGAAGAACAGGGCAUGACAUUGACUGUUCCGUACUACAAAAAUGAUUUAGAAGGGUCUGCCUGUCCACGGACAGGGGAUAAGGUUGAGUUCAAUAUCUGUAAGAUGCUGAAAACGGACCAGCGGAAAGCGGUGCAGGUGACAAUCUGUCAAUGGAAUGACAACGCUAGGCUCCAUGGCAAUGCUAGUCAAGAUCAGGAGAUGUUCCACUAUAGUGAGGAAAAUCAGGAGGACUAUAGCAGAGGCCCGUCAUCGCAAGUAGCAUAUCCCUCAAAUGAACAGGGAGACAUUGGCUACCCCUGGGGGGGGGGGCACUGCACCUCGUGGCAUGAGGAUGAGUCUGGCGGAAGCAGCAGGGAAAGGGACGAAGAGACCAUGCAACACAGGGGCAACCUGUGGCCUGAAAUGAGAGGAUGCAGCUCUGAGAGGCCCCCAGAGCAGAUUGAGAGGAGCAGGAGCUGCAGUCACACCCCACCCUCCCGACAGUUUAACAGUAACGCCAGCGUGGGUUUGUGGGAGCUGGAGCUGGCCCGCAAGAGGAAGCAAAAGGCAGAGCUGGAGCUGGAGAUCGCUCAGCGGGAAAUGGCUCUAACAGCAGAGUACGGAAUUUCAAGGCAGGCUGUACAACUAACAGAGACUCCCAAUCGUGAGCAGCUCCCACACAAUGUAGAUGCUCCGAAGGAGUCUACGGCUAGGGGGAAACUUGAGGAGGACUACAGCGGAAUCUCUUCAUCUCAAGGCAGAAAUCCUUUAAAUCACAGGCGAGACAUUGACUGGGGAAGCCCACGCAGGCAGUGUCAGCAAGAGGAAGGGUCCAGUGGAAGAAAUCUGGAAAUGGAUAUGGAGACCAUGCACCCCACUGUCAACCAGGAACCCCAAAGCAGGGCUUAUAGCUCCGAAAGCUUCCGGCAGCACGAGCCUAACAGGAGCCGCAGUCGUAGCCCGCCGUCCCGCCAUUUCAACAGAACUGGCGAGGAAUACCAGGAGCUGGAGCUGGCACACAAAAUAAAAAUGCUGGAAGAGCUGGAAUGGGAGAGGGCUGGAACAACAAGGUAUGACAUUUCAGGUCUUCCCAGCCGGGCCACGGAAGAUGUCAAAUGUGGACCGGUCCGUACCGAUGAAGGGCCGCCAAUGCCCAAGAAGUCGAUUUUGAAGAAACAGAGUGAGCCCAUUAUGGAUACAGCCAUUGGUAUUGAGAGCAGUGAUGACUCCAGACAACCCCCGGUCUCUACACAGACUAAGCGCUUCCUCAGUGCACUCAACAGAUGUCUUGGCUCUGGCCUCUUCUCCUCUCGGCUCAGAGAAGCAAGGGAAGAGACCCAGCGGCAGAUCUCGGACGACUCUGUCCACUGUGAGCACCGCUCUAAAGAUUCAACUGAGGCAGAAAAUCCUGAGGAGAGCAUUUGUGAAUUCCUCCUCCCACAUGAGAGGAUCAGUCAGGACGACACUGGGUUUUCCAGAAUUUUAGGAAUAAUGGGAGCUGAUAACCCCAUCCAACGUGAAAAGCAGUGGCAUUCUCCCGAUAUUGAAGAUGAGGAGAAAUUUCUCUAUGGAGAGGACAAAGAGGAGAAGUCAGUAGGUCAGGCGUCCACCCAUCAACCUCAGUCUAAAGUAGUAGCCCAGCCUGAGAUUGGCCAUUGUUCGGUCGGUCGAUCUGGAAUUGCCCACCAUCGGAUGAGCCAGCCAGGGGUGGACCACCUGCUAUGUAGAAAACCUGCAGUUGGCACGCAACAAAGAACGACUGGCAUUGGUGGUCAGCGGAGCAAGAUUGCACCAAGCCGCCAUCAAGAAAUACAGCCUGGGAAUUUGAAUCGGCCUCAAGAAAUCAAGCCAGGGACUGGUCCACCUCAAAAGAGACAACCUGACAGUGUUGGAAGUCAACCGAGACAACCUGUGGUUGACCAUAAUCCACCAAAGCCUUCUGUAAAGGACCAGGAUGCCCCUACUGUAGAUGAGCCUCAGGAUCCACAGGAGUUUGAGAGAAUUCAAAAUCUGCUUAAAACAAUUGGUCUGGAUAUUGGAGAGGCUGAAUUCAGCAAGAUGGCAGCGCGGACUCAGGAGCGUCUGUAUGGAAAGAAACCAACAGCAGGGUCUUCUCGUCGUUCCGAAAGAGAGAGAGAACUCAGGGGGGUGGCAAGGAGGAGCUGGGAGACACACAACAGUCCAACCAAGUCUCCGGUGUCAGAUUACAACCGCUCCAUCUCUCCAUCCCCAACUAGACGGCCGUCUCAUGAGUACUCCAGCAAAGAGGAGGGAAAAAAGUUGAAGCAGAUUCAAAGAUUGGGGGAAAACAAGCACACUCCAACACCACAUUCUGAAUUUCAACUUCAACAAGCUGGCUAUGAUCAGUAUGGAAACAACAUGGGCACCUCUCCAUCACAGGAGCCUCAUUCCAGUACUUCAGUUCACCAGUCCAACCUCCGAGUCAUUGAAACAGUGUCUCUCAAUGAGAACAGAGUUCAGCAGAAGUCAUCCAACAGCAUGAAUCUAAAGGUUUUUGGAGAAGCAGAGAGACUGACACAAGAAGAGGAAGCCCGUUUGAAAAAAAAGGAAAAUAUCAUAAUGGAACUGGAGAGACUGCAAAAGCUGCAAGCAGCUUCAGGAAGCUUGGCGCAGCAGCACAGCCACACCGAAUCUCCAGACCCCUCCCCAGGCAGUUGGACUCCACGUGGUGAAUAUUCCUCAUCCUUGGUAUCAGUGCAUGCCAAUAAACCGGAGGGAAAACAGUGGUGGGAGAAGCCUGGUCCUCCAGUGUUGUCAUCUGCCCCUGUCGGCAUCCCCUCACCUACUGUGUUUAUAACCCCCAACCCUCCAGCUCCUCAACCUAUUAACUUUGUACCCCCUCCUCAACAUGUGAACUUCCUUCCUCCGUCCCAUUCAGCUCCACAACAUGUUGCUUUUAUGCCCCAUACAGUACCUCAACACCUUCCCUUCCCACCACACGCAGGUGCAUACUCUCUGCCAGCGUACUCUCAGUACCCUCCUCCACCUGGCCAUGGACAGUAUGGAAACUACACCCCUGCCAAUCCCAUGCCCCAAGGCUGGCCCAUGUACCCACCCCAAUCGCAGGGGCCUUAUCCAGGUCCCCACCACAGUCGUCCUUCGUUUUUCAAGCAGAAGAGAUUUAACCCAAUGGCUAUGCGGAACCUCAGCGUCCUUAAAGCUGUGGCUGUCAAUACAAACGAAGCAGAGACCAAGGAAAAAAACUAAAGUGGAAAAUAAAACUGGCAAUAAAAAAAGUUAAGGUUCCAACAACAGGAAACACAGAGUGGAUCUAGAGAUGACAAACCCAGAGCCGGCUGUCCCAGUCCGUGAUCUGUGUACACCUCUCUGUCCCUGUUUUCGUUUAAGAACAGAAGAGAAAGAUGCACCAGCAGCACCUGCUUGUCCCCACUAAUACUUCAGCACACAGUCCUGCCAAUUGCGUGAGGCAAAGCUAACCGCUCUGCAAGUGCAAUAUGAUGAACCUCUUCAAAGAAGAAAAUAGUUUUUGCUGUGUGUCCAGGAUCACAGACCAUGGAAACCUGUGUUAAGAUUUGCUGAGGAGUCUGUUCUUUUGUUUUAAUCUGGAGAAGGCAGUCCACACCUGUAGAAGGUGAUGAACCCUUUUGGUACGGCGCCGCUAGAAAUCAUUCAUAUGUGAACUAAGAUGUAAUGGUGACGUUAGACACCUAUUUUUAAGUCGUUUUAAACAACAUUGGUUGCUUAUCAAAUUACUGACAUCUCCAAAGGCUCAACAACCAAUCAGGAAUGGUUUUAUAUACUUUCAAAACGAAAUUAAAGAAAGCUAGACGAGUGAGUUUUUUUUUUUGUUUUUUUCUGUCGUGUGAUUUGGCAAUCACAAGUACAAGCUUACCAGAAAUCGUACAAAUUGUCCAAAAUGUUUAUAAACCCAAACAUAAAUUAACAACAUAUUACCUGUAGUAAAAUAUUCAUAAGAUAAAUAUCACAGAUGACUCUCCAGUCAAAAUGAAUUUCAUUAAAGCUCCAGGCCAAUAGAAAUGCCUUUUAUUAUGAGUUGCAGCAUUUCAGUAUCUUAGGUUGUGAUUUUGAUUUACUUUUUUAUACCAUGAUUUUAAAGCACAGUAUUACUGGAGCGCAUACUAAAUUGCUUUACAUAACCAAAAAUGCUUACCGAUUUCGAAAUAAAAAAAAUUUACAGAACAUGUUGAUGAGUUCACAGAUCUAUCUGAUGACGAACUUCUUCACAUUACACCCGUCAAACAAUCUGGUGCAAAAUGAAAACCAGACACGGUAUUUAUGCAAUUCUUUCUGAUCCUAGUUCCUGAGAGUUGAGGCUACCACUGACAUUUUUACAAUUUGUAGGUAGGAGAGCAUUAAAUUACACCUAGGUAAUCAAACUAGGUAAUCGUAAGGUAUAUUUCAUCAUACAGUGAAAAUGUUAUUCUCUUAAUAAUCUCCAGAUUCUCAGCGGUUUAGAAAGGUAUAAUACGGUAUACUUUUGGUGGAUAUUUGUACUGAUACACAAGCCGAAAGUCACAUUGUCAGUCAGACCUUAAACAGGUUGAAUGUUCACCGGAGCAAAAGGGUUAAAGCCUAAUGUUGUAGGUAUGGAUAAGCUACCACUGCACACAUUUCAUGUAUGCCUAGCUGCAAGGUAAAAAGUAAAAGGAUGGAUAAAGUAGUCAAACGUUGUCUCUGCUUAAUGAGUUCAUGUUACGUGGUGGUGUUUGAAGAAUGGGAGUGGAGGUCUGCCCCAUCCUACAGCAAAUUGCAGUGAUAAUUUGUUCCCAUUGUUUGUGAAAUGUAUAUAUGAUUGGCAGGGGGUUGUUAAUUUUGCUGAAGGAUUUCUGAAGGUGUGGUUUAUUUAACACUAAGGGUCAAAUGCACCAACGUGGAUUAACCACUAAUUCAGAUUAAAUCAAGGAUUAUAUUUGAAUCAUGUUGCACAAAACUUGAAACCAGGUUUUAUAUGUAAUCCUUGUUUAAAAUUAAUCCAAGGUUAAACAUUUCUUAAACCUAAAAGAUUAAAAUAUAAUCGCAUUGCACCGCUAAUUUUAAUCCAUGUUAAAAUGUGAAAGGUGGAUUAAAUGUAAAUCUCCCUUGGAGGUGGUUUAAACUUGGACAUGAUGGCAGCAUACGUCAGAUGGAUUGAGUUACAGGAAAGAGUUCCACAGAGAAAUUAGAGAGACUAAAUCCAUUUGAAUUUUACAGCGAUGAGGAAUAUUGUAUAUUGAGUAAAGGCGAAAAGAAAUUGAGACCAAAGUAUAUCAUGUUUUACAAUUGCAAGUGUAACAUUUUUUUAAAACGAUAAAAAAUAGUAUGCGGCAUGUACGCAGGGUUCAUUUGUGCCAGAUCACAGUGGAUCCUAGAUCCUGUACCUUUUUGUCUGACAGAUGAGAAUUAUACAGUUUGCAAUGAACCGUUUCCUAUUUCAUGAAUGACAAAAGAGUUCUGUAACGAUAUAUCAAUGGGUAAGAACGGUCCUAUUUAUUAUUUAUUUUUUUUACAACUCAAAUGGCGAAACACCAAAAAACUAGAGUUUGUCGCUCCUGUUCAUUAGUUUAGUCGGCCCGCUGCUGGUAUUGUUCAAACCUGAAGGUUAUAGUAAAACAGGGAAGGCAAGGUUGGCAUGCAGCUGCCGACACCAGCAAUACGGCAUGAAAACCACAAGCCGGUGAGAACAUAUAUGGAAGCUACUGUAAAUCAAGGGCAGUGGAAUAUGGUAGAAGAAAUGCGACCUCUCUUCCUUAAUUGUACCUUUUUUGUUUACAAAUGAACCCCUCUAUGAACGGUUGUGGAUAAUGAACAAACUUUUGUGUAAAUGAAUGCUCAUUCCAAAUGUAUCGUCUCCAAUAAAUUAAUACUUUUUUUGCCUGAAACAACGUAAUCAAGGAUAAUACAAUAAAUAUAUUAUAAUUUGCCACUUUAGGUAGCCUAUAAACACUUCCGCACUGAAAUUAAAAUUUUACGCAAAGUAAAACAAAGCUAUUCUUACAGUUACUUUAUUCAGAAUUAAUGCAGGACAACCCAGUCGGCAUAACAAGAGAUGUGGUUCAGGGUUGUAGGAAAGCCGCAGGCUGCAUGUGAAGCCUAUGUUGUUGCUUUUUGAUAAUUUAAAACAUCACCUUAGCAGAGGCAUAGUAUGUAAUGAGUACAAUUAAUAAAUGUAAUGCUUUCACGCUUACAUUUGCUAAAUAGGGUGUAUACAAAUAAUGACUGCUAAUCAGAAAUCUUUAUCCUGCUUAAGCCAAGAUUUACUAAUCCUAGUUUACAUUUGUGUGGUGCAAGGUAACUGUGAUUAAAACAUAACCCUAGAUUAGCACUAAACUAAAUUUUAUUUAAUCCACGUUGGUGCAUUUGACCCAAAGAUUCUUAACAUGUAUUAUAAACUCUGUUAUUUUUGUUUAUUUCUGUAUAGUUUAUUAUAUUUCAAGUUUCUCUGUAAUAAUAAAUGUAAUGAAGACAGAAAAAAUACCUUUUUGUCUGUAUACAUUUUCUGCAUGACAUCACUUACACUUGAUUGCCAGACCUGUUCAACCUUUGGCCUAAUUAGUUUCUCGUGAAACUGAAGUAGUUAACUACCGUAGGGCCUGAACGUAGGUUUAAUUGGUUCAAUUAAAAAGGUUUAUAUCAGAGUUGCAAAUUAGACUUUGUCCUCCCCUGGUCUAUGUGAUCUUUGUGCAAAGCUGCUCACUAAUCUAUAUACAAGGAGGUCCAUCAUUGUUAGGCAAGAGCAGGAGUUGUUUGCUGCUGCGCCCCUAUUGCAUCAGUGAUGUUUCCUGUGACCUACCAGCCACGGUCCAUGGAUCAGAAGAAAGACGAACCUGCCUGUUCCACUAGGCAUUCAAGACAGUGCAGAUUGACGACACUUGUGA